AUGACAGGCAAAGACAGCUUCUGUCGAACUGUCGCCUUCAGCACACAGUCAAAGGACUCGCCAUUCUAUAAGCCGACCUUAGACAACCUGUCAAAGGAAGCUCGAGAUCUACUCGAGAAUUACAGCGGCAUCGAGCCAGACCGCGUAGUUCCUCACGUAGAAGAAAUCCGAGACCGAGCAUGGGCAAUCUUCCCCUACCCAUGCAUAGGCAUCUUCUCCUUCGUCGGCCUGAACCUACGCACCUCCCCCCUCUAUCCUACCAUCCUCUCGCGCCUCAAAGACGACAAGCAGACCUUCCUCGACCUCGGCUGCUGUCUCGGGACCGAGAUCAGAAAGCUCGUCGCCGACGGCGCCCCGAGCGAGAACCUCUACGGCACGGACCUGCGCUCCGAGUUCUGGGACCUGGGCUACGCGCUGUUUCGCGACAAGGCCAGCUUCAAAGCCCAGUUUUUGACGGGGGAUGUGUUUGACCCUGCGUCUGAACUGGGGAAGUUGGAUGGGAAGGUGGAUGUUCUGCAUGCGGGCUUGUUUUUCCAUCUGUUUAGCUAUGAGCAGCAGAUUGAGGUCGCGAAGAGGACUGUCAAGCUGAUGAGGCCGGUGGAGGGCUCGCUACUGGUUGGGUGGCAGGUGGGUAGCAGCUCGGAUACUGGGGCGUUGCGGAGCGAGGAUGGAAAGAAGAUUCUUUAUAGGCAUGACGAGGAGUCGUGGGCGGGAUUGUGGCGAGAGGUGAGCGAACAGACGGGGGUGAAGUUCGUGGUUGAGGCGUGGAUGGAAGAUCCGCCGAGAGUACUUGCUGGAAAUGAGGACUCGGAUGAGGCGUGGCUGAAGGAUUCUAGACGGCUGAAGUUUUCUGUGAGAAGAGUCUGA